UCUGAAGGCGAAUGCGGUAGCCUACGAAAAAACAAGCGAGGAGCGGCGGAGAGACAAGACGGGCACACUUUACCUCCACAUCACAAGAUCAUAUUUUGGAGCGGAAAUUUCACGCCCUGUCGGGUCGUGUUACCGUUAAAGACGGCUGAGGAUAUUCACAGGCAAGAACAAUAGGAUGCAGUGUAGAGUCGGCUGGUGACUGGUCUGCAGGCUCUCCACAUCUCUCGUCCCUGGAGUCAGCCAGUUGGGGGGCCGGUUCCUGCGUUCCCCCUUCUCUCAGUCUGAGUCUUUGUUUGGACAAAACCAACUGCCCGCCAUUGGAGUACGCAGCUCAUUAGCCCGUGUUGCUUGGAUCAGCUCAGCUCAUCUCCUGACUGAGGGGAGCAGCUGCACAACGCUCACCUUCUACCAACUGAUCCCUCCGGCCCCGCCCACACCGCCCCGUCACCAUGGUGCUGUCACAACGGCAACGAGAUGAACUAAAUCGGGCGAUAGCCGAUUACCUACGUUCCAAUGGAUAUGAGGAAGCAUAUUCCACUUUCAAGAAGGAGGCGGAAUUAGAUAAUAACGAGGAGUUGGAUAAGAAGUACGCCGGCCUUUUGGAAAAGAAAUGGACCUCAGUCAUCAGAUUACAAAAGAAGGUGAUGGAGCUUGAAUCCAAACUGAACGAAGCGAAGGAGGAGAUCACCCUCGGUGGGCCCGUCACUAUGAAGCGCGACCCCAAAGAGUGGAUCCCACGCCCGCCAGAGAGAUACACGCUGAGUGGCCACCGCAGUCCCGUCACCCGCGUCAUCUUCCACCCAGUCUUCAGUGUCAUCGUGUCUGCUUCUGAGGACGCAACAAUAAAGGUUUGGGACUACGAGACAGGAGACUUUGAGCGCACACUGAAGGGCCACACAGACUCGGUGCAGGACAUCUCUUUUGACCAGAACGGCAGACUGCUAGCCUCCUGCUCUGCAGACAUGACUAUCAAGCUGUGGGACUUCCAGGGCUUCGAGUGCAUCAGGACCAUGCAUGGACACGACCACAAUGUUUCGUCUGUAGCCAUUAUGCCCAAUGGAGAUCACAUCGUUUCUGCCUCGAGGGACAAAACCAUAAAAAUGUGGGAGGUGGCAACUGGCUACUGUGUGAAGACCUUCACAGGCCACAGGGAGUGGGUCCGCAUGGUGCGGCCCAACCAGGACGGCACACUGAUCGCCAGCUGCUCCAAUGACCAGACGGUGCGUGUGUGGGUCGUGGCCUCCAAAGACUGCAAGGCUGAGCUGCGGGAGCACGAGCAUGUGGUGGAGUGCAUCUCCUGGGCCCCCGAGAGCGCCUACCCCACCAUCCAGGAGGCCACAGGCUCCGAGACCAAGAAGAGUGGAAAGCCAGGCCCCUUCCUGCUGUCCGGCUCCAGAGACAAAACAAUCAAGAUGUGGGACGUUAGCAUCGGCAUGUGCCUUAUGACACUGGUUGGCCAUGAUAACUGGGUGCGUGGUAUCCUCUUCCACCCUGGAGGCAAGUUCAUUGUGACCUGUGCAGAUGAUAAGACCUUAAGGAUCUGGGACUACAAGAACAAGCGCUGCAUGAAAACCCUGGGUGCCCACGAACACUUUGUUACCUCUCUGGAUUUCCACAAGACUGCUCCCUACGUGGUCACUGGGAGUGUAGAUCAAACAGUAAAGGUGUGGGAGUGUCGCUGAUUUGGACCUUGGAGGAUUGGACCAACACCCCCAAUUUCCCAGGAGCUCCUCUGGAUCCCACCUCUCCUCCUGCCAUCCCACCUCCUCUCUCAUCCAACCUCCCCCUCCCCCCUCACCUAACCCGCACAUCAUCUCCUCCGGCUGCACUUACACCAUGGUUAUUUACCCUUCGCGCUCUCUGGUCCAAUAACUAUUGUCCUUCUAUGUAAAUUAUUCCUGGAUGUAGAUCGAGCUAUUAAAUGUUACACAAAAAAGUAUUCUUGCAUGGUAAUCCAAAAUUGUAUACUGUAAAUUUACAUAACGUCUAGAAGUACCAUAGGUUUACCACGAGGCUGGCCGUCGGUCACGCAGCCUUACCGACCAACCGAAGGCAGAUGUUUUUCGACUGGGUGUAAAAUGUAGGGCACUAAAAACCGAUAAUUUAAGAAAUGACAGUGUCUUUAUGUGUAAGAUUUAUUUUUUGUCUAUUUUUUUAUUUAGGAUUUUUGUUCUGUUAUUUCUCUCCUUCACUGUUGUAGUCUGUUGGUGCCUAGCUUGGUGAAACCUCGGAAAGACGAGGCUGGAAAAGGCAUAUAUGAUGCGAUAGGAUGCGAUUGUCUGUGGGGCUUUGUUAUUGAAAUAAUCUGUAGCUUUAUAACAUCACUUCUCAAGUGUGCAUACCAUUUCUCUUCAUGUGGAACUAGGUAAUAUUUUAAUGGCUGUAUAUACGAAUGUUUCAAACUUUUGUCCUUGGACCUCGGGGGCUUUAAAAAAGCUUUGUACUCUUGUCAGGGUGGCAAACAAACCACUGCUAGGCUUUAGAUAAAUUAUCCCAUUUAAUGAAUCUGCAGCGAAGUAAAAAGUGGCUUUGUGAAUAACCGCACUUAGUUUUCACAGUAAGCCCGACGUAGAGAGCAGGUUUGUUUGUGUUGUGCUGUCGGUGUCACAGCAUCACCUGAAGAGUUAAGAGAUUACUCCGGAUUAAUCUCCAGCACUUGAUAAAGACCUACAGAUCUCCUGUGACCUUGCAUGUGAGACUUUUGUUGAACUGAAGCCUCUGGCCACUCCCAGUCCCCUGAGCCCCUACGUCUCAGCAGGGUUCGAUGUAUCAUAGGAAUUAUGUAAAGUCAGAAGAUGGUGAGUUGUCCCAAGGCACCUGAAGCCUACAAACAGAAGCCUUUUGUAAAGUAAACCCGCUAAAGAGGAAACCUGAAGGCAUGACGAGGAGUCAAAGUGAGCCCCCUGGGUUAGAUAUCUGGGAUGUGCAAAGAUCUCUAAUUUCUGAGGGGGAAAGAUAUGUUCUGCAUAACAACAAUUAAAAUGGUUUUGAGUAAAAAAAAAGAAAAAAAAAAGUCAGUUUUCUGUGAAAAUAUGAAAUGUAAAUUUAGCUUGUUAUUAGGAUUUGGCAAUUUUGUAUUAUCGCACUAAAGGAUGAACUGGAUGGGAAUUUAGGUUUAGUGAGGAAACGCUAGCAGACAUGCUUAGUGAUAUGUGGAUGCUGUGUUUGUCUGUAGAGCGGUCUGAUGCGCCAUUGUUGGGAACAACUCCUGGCUGGUUAAAAAGGCAGCAGAAGCUCCUGCAUAUCGAGGAAAUGCUUAAAGCCUGAGCAGCUAGGAUCUCUGCAGACAAACCCAUCUCACAUGUAUGCAAACGUUGUCCAAGUGGCUUUCCUUCAAAUGUUCAGCUUUUGAUCUUUGUGGAGCUGUAACUAAAAAGACUGGAAGAUAACCGAACCAGUCCAAGCUGUAGAAAAAAAUCAUUCCACUCUCCUCGGAGGAUGAAAAAUGAAACAUCUUGCUUCUAACUGUAGCUGACAAGGUGGUUCAUUAAUCUUGCACAUCCCUGUUUUCACUAAAUCGUUGCUCCUUUAAUGAUGAUCAAAGACAACAAUGACAUUUAAUGAUGUUGAUAAAUGCAUAAACGUUUAAUUUCUGAUUAGCCCUUUCAUUCCAAUGCAGUUCUUGGCUAAUAAAGAAUCCACUGCUUAA